AUGGCUGAGUUUGCACGUCGCUCUACUCUCCAACCCGAUCCUUACAAUAAUGGCCGCUCGCAUUUACCCGUCCCGUCUACUGUGAAGAAGCCGACGCACACUGGGCGAAUGUCGAUGGCUGGUCCCGCUCUCAGGGGACCGUAUCCAAUGAUGGGGCAAAUACCGGGGACAAAUCCGCGACAAUCGCUGAUGCGUUCGCACAAUGUGAACCCUUUGUUACAGAGCGCGAGCAAGCCCAACUACGGCCGCACACCGUUGCACAGUAGCACGCGAAGAGGCUCUAUGUGGGCAGGUGGUGCUCAAGCAUCAGCGCCGAUGGGUAGCCAAGGGAGUGUCAAAGAUACUCGACCACUGCGAGACCGGCCCUUUCAGGCGAAGAUGCGACAAGACAUCUGGGCCUGGCUUGAUCGCAACGGAAUCGAGGUUUCACCACAGACGCUGAGGGAGGUCACUGUCAAGGACUUUCGCGCCGUGUACCAACAUCUUGUUCGACUGCUGGAUCCGGAAUGGCCGUUCGGUGACAAAGAGACCCCUGAAGACCAAUUUGCAAACCCCCUGAGAGCUCUACGAUAUCCAUACAUUGGACAGUGGGAUCGCAAAACUCUCGCAACACCUGGCGCUAUGCACGCAUGGCCAUUCUAUCUGGGUGUGUUGCAUUGGUUGGCAGAAUUGGGGAGCGAUUCUGCUCUUAUUCCCGAUGAAUUCGAUGAUAUCAACUAUCAUCAAGCUCUUGCGCUCGACCAUUAUACUCUAGCCUACGAGGUGUUCUUGGAGGGCAAGGAUGUUUUCCCAGAGCAGGAGAGGAUCCUCGAAGAGCGAUAUGCAAAGAAGGACGAACGUGUUGUUGCAUUGGUGGAUCGGCAAAGGGAGGAGCUCAAGCAAAUCCAAUCGGAACUCGAGAUCCUCGAAAAAGCACCUGCCCCUAUCGAAGAACUGAAGAAGGAUAAUGGGUUUAUCAGACGGGAUAAAGCGAAAUUCGAGGAGAUUCUACGGCGUUGCGAAUCAAAGAAGAAGAAACUCAUUGACACCUUGGCGCGAGAAAAGGCUGACCUCGCCUACUGCGUUUCCAAUUUGGAGAAACUCCAAGCGGAGGAACUCAGGCUCCUAGACAUCGUAAAGGAGCAGAAUCUGUCACCAGAAGAGGUGGUCCGAAUGAACACCGAACACGAGACGCUCUCCCGUGACAUCGAGACCCUCAAGCAUAAGAUGGCUGAGACCAAUCAGGUGGUAGUCAAGCUUGAGGUGUCCCUGACAAGAAAAGUCUCCGAUGCGGAAGAAGCACUGGAUAUGUACACCAAUUUACUGUCCAACCUCGGGCUGUUUCCACCUCUUCCGGCGCCCCUGGAAGACGUCGACCUUACGCUAGAUCUUAAUCCGGCGUCUUCCAAUCCACAGAAUCUACUCUCGGGUGCCGACAUCAGGACGGUGGUGAAGCCCACAUUGGGUCGCGUGGCCGAGAUGAAGAGAACAGAACGCGCCGAUGUGGAAAGUGAACGGAUCAAGGUGGAUAACGAGCUCGACCAGCUGACGCUAGAAUGCGAGAACAUGGACGAGGAAGUGGUUGAGGUUACCACCAAAGUCAAUGGGCUCAACGAUCAAGCCGACGAGCUGCGUGAGGCGGCACAACAAGAGGCAUUAGUUAGUCAUUCUGAAGCGACCCGGCUCGAGAGAGACUUAGCUCAAGCGAGGACGGCUGCUAUGGCGAACGGAGUCGGUGUUAAAUCCCGGCUUCAAGCACUGCAGAUUGCAUAUCGAGAACAGAUCGACAAAGUCAACCGGCUCAAAGACGAAACGAUGCGCGCUAUCAUUAAGAACAGUAGCGACAUCGUGAUGUUCAAGGAAGAAGUCUCUAAGCAGUUGAAGCAUUUGCGGGAUUUUGCAGAAGCUAAUUGA